AUGCCCGUCGCUACCAAAUUCAAGAAGACUUCCAACGAAAUACCGACUUUGGUUUCUGUUGAUCCAAGUCAGCCAGGUGAGACACAGGCAAAUAUCCAUACCAGAUGGCAUCCUGAGAUACCGUGUGUUGCGACGAUCCCAGUCGGUCAAGCAUUCCGUGUAGAAUGUCUAGACUAUUCCGGCUCGCAGGUCCUCAAUGACGAUAAUGCGGACGACAUCAUACACCUAGACCAUGAUUCGGACCAUCACUUAUCAGGACCGUUCGCCGUACCAGGUGCUCAACCUGGGGACGUUUUAGAGAUUGAAGUUUUGGACGUACAGCCUUUCCAAGAUCAUAAUUGGGGUUAUUGCAUUACUGCUCCUGGACUGGGAAGUUUGGAUGAUGAGAGGAAAGGGAAGGAAACAAAAGUGACGAAAAGCAUUUGGGAUUUUUUCGGCAACGAAACAUCCUCGAGACACGUCCCACACGUUUCCUUCCAGGGUCGUCCCCAUGCUGGUGUAUUGGGUACAGCUCCAUCCCAUGAGAUACUCCAACAGUGGACGAAGAGAGAAUCAGAGUUGGAGGUAGCCACAUCAGGUGGAGCGGGGUGCAGUCUACCUAAACCCAGGGGUGCAUAUGUAGGACAAGAUUUGCCGGACGAGUUGAGAGAGAGGAUAUGCAGGGAGGGAGCGAGGACUAGUCCAGGUAGAGAACAUGGUGGGAAUAUUGAUAUUGGCUUAGCGACCAGGGGAUCAAAGGUGUAUCUGCCCGUUUAUAUACCUGGAGCAUCGUUGUCAGUUGGAGAUACUCAUUUCUGUCAAUCGGACGGUGAACCCACUACAGCAAUUGAAAUGGCCGGUAUAGUAACCUUACGAGUCAACAUAAUACCCCAGGGAGUACAUCAAUUGCGCAUGGCAAGUCCAAUGUAUAGGACAAGUCCAUCCGAACCUAUAUAUAGGGAUAAAUUAUGUUUCACUGGAUUGAGCGUAGAUAGGGAUGGUAAUCAGACGAACCAAGAUGGUUUGCUAGCAUAUAGGAAUGCAGCCUUCCAGGCAAUUGAAUAUCUUGAAUCAUUUGGAUAUUCUCGUGAACAGGCUUAUAUACUCUUAUCUGCCGCACCGAUCGAAUCGAGAGUAGUAGCCACUGCCAACAGGCCAAAUUUCGUAGUCUCCCUUGGUAUACCUACAGAAAUCUUCGAUUUUGAUAUCUCACCGAGGAUCAAUGGAAUAACAGAUGAAGAGAAGAAGAGGACGAUCACCGGUCCUGCUUUACCUAGUAUAAAGCUAAACGGGGAAACAACAAAUGGUCAUCUUCACUGA